GCGCUGAACCACAUUAGCACCUCCGUCACUCUAAGUCACUGGAGGUGUCUCUAUGUGCUGCAAAUGAAGGGUCGACGCUCUGAGGGACGCUGUCGGGAGGCUGCUGAACUUAUCUCAUUGACAUUUUAGAUUAUCACUCUGUAGGACUCCACAGCCUCUUCUGCCUGCACUGCUCUCUGGCGCUGAUACAGGAUUAAGAUAGCGCUUUAAGGAAGGAAGCGACCUCGUGGCCUCUUCCGUCAGCAGCAUGAUGAUGGUGAGCGACGACUGCCUGGUGGAGUGCAAGAUCGACGACAGCGACGAGGACGACGGGCAGCAGAUGAACACUCCUCCUCCUCCUCCAGAGUUUGCGUCCAAAGCUCCGACUCCGGCUCCCAAAGCUCCGACGCCGACGCCGCCUCCAGUGGCUCCUCCCACACCUGAAUCCAGCCCACCUGUCAGCAGGGACCCCAACAACAUCAACCAGCACCUAAAGGUGGAGGUCAGUGACGUUCUGGCAGAACCCGCCUCGCCUCACAGCAUCGACCGAGUGUGGAUUUACAGCGUCACCGGCUUCGAGAAGACUCGUAUCUGGUCGUACCGAUGCCUCUCCUUGCUGUUCGCCGUUCCCUUCGCUUUCCUGUGCGGCGUCUUCGUGGCCGUCCUCGCCUGCCUGCAUGUCUGGUUUCUGGUUCCCUGCGUCCAGCUGAGCAACACCUUCCUCCCCUGCCUUCGCUCGUUGUGUUUUUGUGCCGUGAACGUUUUCAUCUCUCCGUUCUGCUCGUCUCUCGCUCUCUGCUGCAGCCAAAUCGCCGUUUCGCUGUCGACCAAGGACUGGAGUCAGAUGAGAGACAAAGACGCUGUAUGAAUGAGUGAGCCGGUGUGACUGACUGAGUGAGAAAAGAGGAUUAUGUGGACAAUUGCAUGUCUUUUUGUUUUAGUUUUUCUUUUUUAUGUAACUCUGCAACCUGCUAAUCUCGUCUUAUUUGAUAUGAUUUCCACAUGUAAAGCCAGUUUGUAUUUUUUAAUUUGUACCAUUAUUGUCUAUAAUAAUACAAAUAUGAUGAUAUUAUGAUAUAUAUAGUGAUGAAUAUUGUUGUAAAUCCUGUUGAUUUUAGACUCACUUCAGUUGUAUUUGUAAGAAAAUUGUAUCCAGUUGUAUAAAUAAAGGAAGUUUCUCAAACAU